UCCUGGCCCUAUCCCUAUUUGGUCACUAGGGGGGACCGGCGGCGGCGGCUGCUGGGGAGCGGUACGGCGCGGAGGGCAGCUCUGGGCGCCGGGCUGUUGCUGCCGGCGCUCAGGGGCCCUGGAAACAAUGGCGCUGUGCGCGCGGGCCGCGCUGCUUCUGGGCGCGCUGCAGGUGCUGGCGCUGCCCGGGGCCGUGGCGCAGGAGACCUAUGCUCAGGGCUCUCCAAGUGGAAACCACUCUGUGCCUCUGCUGACUGCCAAUGUUAAUGUGACAGAGAAUACCACCAUGCAAGUGGUUUCCAACCAGACCAGUCAGAUUAGCACUGUGAAGCCGUCUUCAGUGUUGCCAAAAAAUGUCACAGCUGCCACUGUGAGGCCUGCAACUAUUAAAGUAUCAACCCCGGGAGUCUCUCCACAUGUGACCCCCAGUGCCUCAAAGUCGACACCCAAAACAAGUGCUUCCCCAAACUCCACCCAGACGUCAGCAUCCAUGACAACCACAGCCCACAGUAGUUUACUGACAUCUGUAACGGCAACCACUCAUCCCACCAAAGGCAAAGGAUCAAAGUUUGACGCCGGCAGCUUUGUUGGUGGUAUAGUGUUAACACUGGGAGUUUUGUCUAUUCUCUACAUUGGAUGCAAAAUGUAUUACUCAAGAAGAGGCAUUCGCUAUCGAAGCAUUGAUGAACAUGAUGCUAUCAUUUAAAGUACUUCAGUAGUCAAGGAAAGAAGAGAGACUGCAGCCCUGUCAAUUAUUUUGGUUUAUAUUAGUUUAAGAUAUUAUUUUUCUUGGAAAUAGUAUAAGCAAGCCAUGCAUAAAAGGAACAGUGUAUUCCAUGAAUAUCUGGAAAUUUCUCAUUACUAUAGGUAGGGGUGUAGUCUGGGUAAAAUGAAUAUUUGGAGCUAACAGGUAAUUUAUCCAGUGAUUAUAUUUCCUUAACUAAGUCAUAGCAAGACUUUUGGAGUAUGUGCAUGGUAUUGGUCACUGAGGAGCAGGACCCAUCUGGCAUACAAUGAGGAGCCUGCCUCAGCAUUCCACAUCUCAGUCUCUUCACUGCUCUCACAAAGAACUUGAGUGCCAGUCAGAGCUGAGUCAGGUUCCACAGUGGGCUAAUCAUCUUUCAGGCUGUCGAAGGAAGCAUCAGCAUUUUAGGGUUUAGAUUACAGUUCAUGUAGAAGUAGAACUUGCACUCCAAAUUCAGCUCCGACGACCACCACUCGUGCUCCUGUGCACCCAUGCUCCUGUGUUGACAGCCGCCGGAGCACGGGAGCUCGGACCAUCAUUUCUCGUCAGCUGUCCGUUGGUAUUUCUUCCUUUGUACAUAAUUUAGGCAAGCUGCCACACUCGCCCUGCUUCUCAAAAGGUGCAGCAGCAUGAAGGCUGCUGUCAUGCUGCUGUGGAAACCUGUCCCACGCUGGGAACUGCUUUUCGCAGUCACUUGUCAGUUUGAGUUCUAGUGAACAGCUUUUAGGCAAUGUGGGGCUGCUUCCCAUAUCCAGAAUUUGUUAAUGGAAUGCAAAAAUGCCAGUUUUCACAGCUCCAUUCUGUGAUUUCCCAGUCAUUGUUUAGAAGCCUACAUUGACUACAUCCUGCUUGUUAAGCCAGGAAUUGUGAAGCCCCAGGCCACUGAACCCACAGGGUACAAAUGCUGUAUUUUUUUACACUGUCAACUUAUUCAGACUUGAGAAAAUGACUUUUUUAUAGUAAAGUGUAUUUUGGUAAAUUCUGGCUUCCUGAUCCCCAAGCCCUGGAAAGGGCGCUGCAGCCUUGUAUCUCUAGGAAACCAGACUCAGGUCACCAGAGCAGCCACAUUCUCUGUGGCAUUGUAAGUUCUAAAGUUUAUACUCAGGUCAAACUCAGGGCCAGGUUUAACAAAGGAGGCGUUUGGUUACAAAAUACUAAUAUAGUAUUUCUAUCAUAGAGGGACAAAGUGAAUUAUAGCAAUUUUUGAAAGUGUAGAAAUAAGCCAAAAAAUGUCCAAAUGAGCACACACCUAUGUUACAGUUAAAAAUGUAAUAAGUGUAACUUUUGUAAUCUGCUUCUGGUUUUUAAAACAACACAAACUACCAAGAAUUUUUUUUAUAAAUAAGAAUCAUUUCUACUUGCUGUAUCAGGUCCAACUGAUAUGGUAAAAGGUGGACUGCUCAGAUUACGAUAAUGCAGAGAGUAGAAACACAGAGAUGCUAGGAAAUGGACUGUGGAGUUAAACUAGUUUUAAGCAAGGGCUGGUGGAAAUUCGACACUUCCCCCAUUGGCUUGUAACCACUGCUCUGCUUCCUGUGCAAAAUACAGGUCAGGGCCUUGAGGCAAUGAGGACCUCAAAAGUUUAACUUGUUUUGUUUGCUGCAGUCUUGGUACUUCCGUACCCUCCAAGAUUGUCGUGAAUACUUAUUUCUCUAGCACUUUGGAAAUACAAACAACUUUCUUAAAGCAAGGUCAUUAUUUGCUUCUUACUUUUCCACCGAGUUGGGGUUAAAAGUAAUUUACGUAAUGUCUUUCUAAUUUGUUACUUUCAAAUACCAGGAUUUCUGUUGAAGAGACUUCUUUUUAAUCUGUAAAAAUUGAACGUGUUUCCUAAGCCUAAAUUGUCUUCCAAGUCUAGCUUAAGCAAAUGCUUACUUUCCUAGCUUUUCUAGAGAAUGAGUUGUUUUUUUUAAGAUAAAACAGUGAGUAAAUCCAUAAAAGGACUAAUUCAAAUAUGAAAGUUGGCAACAUAUUUUAUGGUGUGGUAAUUUUGUAUCUUCAGGAGAAAGACUUGCCAUUUUUCUAUUGUAAUGACCAAUUUUGGUAUUUCAUUGUUACUAAGAUCUAUUUUUAGAAUAAAAUUUGUUCUCUAUUCAAAA